AUUUUUAGGUGCUUUGUAACUUGCUUCACGCUUCUUUCUAAACCUCUAUUGACUUUUACCUUAACAUCAGAUCGGGCAGGUCCUUAACAUGUAGAAAAGCUGAUUGAGAUUGAUCAGAUCAAGGACCAAAGUAAAAAUACAAGAAUUAUGAAGACUAAAACUUACCGGUUUGUAUGUCUUGUAGCUUCUGUCUUAACUCUGCAGCUCAUGAAUGGCUCAUCAGCAGCAACACCACCGCCACCUCCAAACAGUAAGAAUUCUUCAACUUCGUGUAACAGAACCUGUGGAGGAAUCUCGAUUCCGUUCCCAUUUGGAAUCGGUGGGAAGGAUUGUUAUCUCAACGGUUGGUACGAGGUUGUCUGCAACGCCACCACUUCCGGGUCGUCCGGCACAACUGUUCCAUUCCUGUCGAGAAUCAACAGGGAAGUGGUGAACAUCUCUCUUCCAGAAGGUAAUAAUGAACAAUACGGAGUGGUUCACAUCAAAGGUCCUGUGACUUCGUUAGGUUGUUCAAGUAAUACUAGUCAAGUACCCCAAAAGUCGCUACCGGAUUUAAACGUCACGGGCAAGGGCAGCCCAUAUUUCAUCACCGACGAGAACCGCCUCGUGGCUGUGGGUUGCGGUACUAAGGCGUUGAUGACGGAUAUAGAAUCAGAGAUCUUGGGUUGUGAAUCUAGCUGCAAAGAUAGCAAGAGUAGUCAAGAAGUAACAAACUUGUUAUGUGACGGUUACAAAUGUUGCCAGGCGAGGAUACCGGUGGAACGUCCACAAGCAGUAGGUGUCAAUAUAGAGAGCUCAGGAGGAGAUGGAUGCAAGGUUGCCUUCUUGUCUAGCAAGAGGUAUUCCCCGUCAAAUGUUACUAUACCAGAACAGUUCCAUGCUGGUGGCUACGUGGUGGUAGAGCUAGGUUGGUACUUUGCUACUACGGAUUCACGCUUUAGGAACCCCUUGGGUUGUAUAAAUCUGACAUAUUCGGGAUCUUACUUAUCCGGUGAUAGUUGCCUUUGCGAGUAUGGUUACUUUUCCGAAAUGAGUUAUAGGAACUGCUAUUGCUCCCUUGGCUUCACAGGGAAUCCAUACCUUAGAGGAGGUUGCAUUGACAAUGAUGAUUGCAAAGGACCUAAUAUCUGUGAAGAAGGCACUUGUGUGAACGUGCCUGGAGGCUAUAGAUGCGAUCCCAAGCCCAAGAUAAUCAAGCCGGCCAAACCCCUCGUGCUACAAGGGGUUCUUUUAGGUUUAAUGGGACUAUUGUUCUUAGUUGUUGGGACGCUUGGGUUGAUUAUAUUUAUAAAAAAGAGAAGGAGGAUCAUCAGUAGCAGGAAGUUCUUCAAACGUAAUGGAGGCUUGUUGUUAAAACAACAACUAACUACUACAAAUGACGGUAAUGUAGACAUGUCAAGGCUAUUUAGCUCAGAAGAGUUGAAGAAAGCCACCGAUAACUUUAGCGUGAAGAGGGUGCUUGGGAAAGGCAGUCAAGGAACUGUGUAUAAGGGGAUGAUGGUGGAUGGCAAGAUCAUUGCGGUUAAAAGAUCAAAAGUUGUCGAUGAAGAUAAGCUCGAAAAGUUCAUCAAUGAGAUCAUCCUUCUUUCACAGAUUAACCAUAGGAAUAUUGUGAAACUAAUAGGAUGUUGCUUGGAAACAGAGGUUCCGAUCUUGGUUUACGAAUAUAUUCCCAAUGGAGAUAUGUUCAAGCGCCUUCAUGAUGAAUCCGACGAUUAUGCGAUGACUUGGGAAGUGCGUCUUCGCAUAGCCAUAGAGAUCGCGGGAGCUCUAACAUACAUGCACUCAGCUGCAUCAUUUCCAAUAUACCACAGAGAUAUCAAGACUACCAAUAUCCUAUUGGAUGAAAAAUACGGAGCUAAGGUUUCUGAUUUCGGAACAUCAAGAUCGGUAACCAUUGAUCAAACUCACCUGACAACAAUGGUUGCAGGAACUUUUGGGUACAUGGAUCCAGAGUACUUCCUAUCAAGCCAAUAUACUGACAAGAGCGAUGUUUAUAGUUUCGGGGUUGUCCUGGUAGAGCUCAUAACUGGAGAAAAACCGUUGUCCCGAAUUCGUUCUGAGGAAGGAAGGGGGUUGGCAACUCAUUUCCUCGAGGCCAUGAAAGAAAACAGAGUGAUUGACAUCAUUGAUAUUCGGAUCAAAGAAGAAAGCAAGCUUGACCAACUGAUGGCAGUGGCGAAACUCGCUCGAAAGUGUCUUAGCCGGAAAGGGAUUAAAAGACCAAACAUGAGAGAGGCUUCACUCGAGCUGGAGAGGAUCCGUUCAUCACCUGAAGAUUUAGAGGCCCAUAUUGAAAAUGAUGAUGAAGAGGACCAAGUCAUGGAGAUCAGCAGAGAAUGAUUCUGGAAGCGUGUACAAGAAUAUUUCAGCCUUUAUGUAAUGUAUAUGGUGACAAGAAAAUCAAUAAGAUCACUCGGCAGCAAGUCAUCCAUCUUUAGCCACAAAGUGUAUUUGAAAUUCGAAGUUAACAUGUACUUUUGAAAAUGAAGUGUGGACUUUUGGUGUGACUUGAAUGUAUUAUUUGAUGACUGGAAAAACUUACUUGUCUAGGAGUCAACGAUGUGUCAGAAAA